AUGAGGCUUUCAGAGACUAGUAAUAUCUCUGGUACUGUGAGGGAAUUCAUCUUGCUUGGUUUCCCCUGCCGCAGGGAGACUCAAAUCCUCCUCUUUGUACUGUUUUCUAUGAUCUACACCCUCACUAUUGUGGGGAACACAUCCAUUAUCUGUGCUGUGUGGUCAAGCCGGCAGCUCCACACACCUAUGUACUUGCUUCUAGCCAACUUCUCCUUCUUAGAGAUGUGUUAUGUUAGUUCUGAUGUGCCCAAACUCUUAGCGAACAUCCUCUCUCAGAAGAAGACCAUCUCUUUCGCUGGCUGCAUCCUCCAGUUCUACUUCUUCUUCUCAAUGUGUGCCUCUGAAGGUUACUUUCUCUCUGCAAUGGCAUUUGAUCGAUAUCUCGCAAUCUGCAGGCCACUACACUACCCCACCAUUAUGACCCAAAGCCUCUGUGCUAAGCUGGUCUUUCUCUGCUGGUUGGGUGGCUUCCUUUCUAUAUUGGUUCCUGCAAUUCUUAUGUCUCAGGUGCCUUUCUGUGGUCCGAACGUCAUUGACCACUUUUUUUGUGAUUUAGGGCCACUGCUGGCUCUGUCCUGUGCUCCAGUCCCCAAAACUACUCUGACAUGUGCCACUGUUAGUUCUCUCAUUAUCUUUAUUACUUUCCUCUAUAUUUUGGCCUCCUAUACUCGAGUCCUGAGAGCAGUGCUAAAGGUACCUGCAGGCACAGGAAGGAAUAAGGCUUUCUCCACAUGUGCCUCUCAUUUUGUUGUGGUGUCUCUCUUCUAUGGCUCAGUCAUGGUAAUGUAUGUGAGUCCGGGGUCUAAGAACCAACCUGGAAUGAGGAAGUUUGUGACCUUGUUCUAUUGCAUGGCAACUCCAUUCUUCAACCCCCUGAUCUACAGUCUCCGGAACAAAGACAUGAAGGAUGCCUUAAAGAAAGUCUUGAGUGGAUUGUCACAAGACUUUCCUAAGGGACAUGAAAAAUGA